AUGUUUUUUAAAUCAAAACACACAUUGCCAAUUUCAGGAACACCAAGGCCUACACCAAAAGGAAUUUUAUCAUGGCUAAUAAUCAGAAUAAUUGUGAUAUCAUUUGUCACCUUUUCUGCAAUCUUUUCUUUUACACAUAUAUUUUGGAGGUCGUAUUUUGGAAGACCAAGAAUUUUACAUCCUAUAACAAGAACAUAUGAUACAAAAUUAAUUUCUCCAUUAUCCGAAUUUAAUAAUUCAAAUCGAUUUUCUAAAAUGCAUUCGAAAACUUCAAAGUUAUUUACCGAUGGAUUGUAUCCUUAUUAUUACCAUGCUGAGCAUACACCUGAAUUAGAUGAUGUAACAAUCGCCACUUUUGUUUCUCAGCAAGGUUUUGAUGACUUAAUUCGAUUAGCCGAAGUUUGGCAAGGUCCAAUAUCAGCGAUUCUUCAUGUACCAACGAAAACACUUGACGACACAGAUCCAAGCAUUGUAAACAUACUCGCAACCUAUAAUGAUUUAUAUAAAAGGAACGCAUUUCUCAAACAACAUGUUGAUAUUCAUCUUAUAACAGGACCAGUAUCUAAUAAUGUGUCAAUAUUACCUAGACCCACAAACUUUCACCUAAAUGUUGCGAGACUAUUCGCUCGUUCAGAAUUUGUCUUAUUUUUGGAUCAAGAUACAUGGCCAACACAACGUGCGCGAAAAAUACUUAGGAAACACAAAAGCCUUCUUUUACAAAAUGAUAUUCUUGUUUUGCCUUCAUUUACGUUUACUGAGCUUUCCAUAAGUAAUGAUUUCCCACGUUCAUUCGAAGAAUUAACAAAAUUAGUUAAACGUAAUUACAUGGGAUUAAUUGAUGAUGGUUGGUCACUUAAUAAAGGCCCAACAAGUUAUGAGAAUUGGUUAAAAAAAAGUAUAUAUAAUAUAUCUGAAUACGACAUUCAUUAUCAACCAAAUUUUGUAGUCAAACGAGGAAGUGUUAUUCCAUGGUGUACUGAAAGGUUUGAUAAUUUUGAGCAUAGUAAAGCAGCAUGUCUGUUCCAAAUGUACAUUAGUGGAUCGAAAUUAUGGGUAAUUCCUGAGGCGUUUUCAAUAAAAUAUCAUUAUAAUCGACAUUCGUAUCUCCUCAAGGCCGUGGAAUCCAAAUGGGAGAAAACGAUUAAGGAUCGUAUGUACGCUAAAUUCUUACGAGAAGCAUGUAUUCAUCAUGCAAGAAUAUUAGAUUCCUUGGGUGAUUGGAGUACACCAAAAGCAAAUCAUGUUAAACAACAAUGUGAUAGAAUCAUAACAAAUUGGGGUCUAGGUAUAAUUGACGGGUUAAGAUUAGAUGGUAUAGAAAUUGUUUGA